AUGGCUGCGGCAGCCGAGCACGUCUCGAAGCCCUCCGCGCUCCCCGGUCCCGGCGAGCAAGAGGUUCUGGCGGUGGCGGCAGCGGCAGCGAUGGAGGCCGUGGCCAGCCCCGGGGAGCGCUGGGCGCCGGUGGGGGCAGUGGCCGAGACCCCCGCCGGGGAGGAAGACGCAGGCGCGGAGGAGGCCGAGGCGGAGCCGGCGUCCCCGCGGUCGCUGAGGGCAGAGCGGCGUCGCCUCCACUCGGCGCUCCUGGCGCUGGCCUCGCAUUUCGCCCAAGUCCAGUUCCGGCUCCGGCAAGUGGCGCGCGCCGGCCCGGCCCAGCAACAGCAUCUCCUCCGCGAGCUCGAGGAGUUCGCUUUCCGCGGCUGCCCCGGCUCUGGCCUCAGCUUUGCGGCGGCGGCGGCAGACGGAGUCGGGGGCGGCGUCAAGAGUGAACUUGAGAAGCAGGAACAGCUAGAGGCACAGAAGGAGAAGCAGCGAGAGCUCAUCCUACAACUCAAGGCACAGCUGGAUGACUUGGAAACAUUUGCCUACCAGGAAGGCAGCUAUGAUGCACUGCCCCAGUCCAUGGUCAUGGAAAGACAGCAGGUAAUUAUUGAAGAGCUCAUCAAGAAGUUGGACAUGAACUUGAGUGAGGACGUUGCCUCGCUGUCCCCAGAGGAGUUGCGUCAGCAGGUGGAUGCUGCUGUGGCGCAAAUUGUCAACCCAGCACGUGUGAAGGAACAGCUGGUUGAGCAGUUGAAAACCCAGAUCCGAGAUCUUGAGAUGUUUAUCAAUUUCAUCCAAGAAGAAGUUAGCGGCCCCAGCAAACCAGAAGAUGGGCAUUGUGAGUGUUCAGGUGGAAAAGCUGGAAGUAAUGCCUACAAGCCAAGCACUCGGCAGCCCCAUAGAAGCAACAGAGUGAACCCUGAAGAUGCCCAGAGGAUGCGGGAGACAGGCCUACAUCUCAUGCGCCGAAUGCUUGCUGUACUACAGAUUUUUGCUGUGAGCCAAUUUGGCUGUUCAACUGGGCAAAUCCCUCACCAUUUGUGGCCGAAUAACCAGUCUGACAGGGACUUCUCACUUUUAGUGAACAAGUUAGAGAUGGCUGUGGCCCAUGUCAAGCAGCUGGCUCAGAAGUACCAAUUGCAAGAUCCGGAACAUGUCAUCAGCUACUCAGGUUUCCAGGAUACCUCCUUGGGAGGACGGGAUGAGCUAACUCUGGCUGUGCGUAAGGAGCUGACAACUGCUGUGCGGGACCUGCUGGCUCAUGGUCUCUACACCCCAUCACCUGGGAUGAGCUUGGUUCUAGCCCCCAUUGCCUGCUUGCUGCCUGUGUUGAGCUCCUCUCCUCAAGCCAUGCAUCCAUGGGAGCUCUUCGUUAAGUAUUACAAUUCGAAGAAUGGCCGUGCCUUUGUAGAAUCACCAGCUCGUAAACUCUCUCAGUCUUUUGCCCUCCCAGUGGUGGGUGGCAUGCCUGCCACUCCAAAGCAAAGCUUGCUAUCCGCUAUCCAUACAGUCUUGUCAGAGCAUGACCCAUUCAAGCGUAGUGCAGACUCAGAACUGAAGGCUCUGGUGUGCCUGGCGCUCAAUGAGCAGCGCCUAGUCUCCUGGCUCAAUCUCAUCUGCAAGUCAGGGGCACUGAUCCAAGCCCACUACCAGCCCUGGAGUUACAUGGCCCAGACAGGUUUUGAGGGGGCCCUCAAUCUCCUUAGCCGCCUCAGUAACCUACGAUUCAGCCUCCCUGUGGACUUGGCUGUACGACAGUUGAAGAACAUCAAGGAUGCCUUUUGAGUGGCGGGGGGCAGGGAGUAGAGGCCUGUCUCAACCCCUUUGAGGGGGGAGUGCUUAUUGCUUACUUCAAGAGGCCACUUGUGCGUGUUCACAUGGGGGCAAUGAUGCUAGUUGGUGGUGGUCUUCUGUUGCUGAGCUGCAGCUGGCUGCCUCCGUUGCAUGUACUCCAUGGAGCUCCUGCUAAUAAUAGGAAGAGGCCUGUGCAUGUAGUUGUCAGCCACUGAGGAUAACUUAUUUCCCUUGUAGUGGAACCAGUAGAUAGGCUUGACAGCAGAGCAGGAGGAGGGCAUCUCUCCUGCCAAUGGGAAUUUAUGAGGGGCUGCUAGGAAGCUAUUUCUGACCUGAAUCUGAAGGAGUCAGGCUGAAAACAAAACAGUAUAGGCAAUAUGUUAGUCUCGUCCUUUCUCUCCCCCAAGGUAUACGCCAGAUACACUACUCCAGGCCUGUAGUUCCAUAUCAAAAUGCACUGAUUCAGUUCCCAAAUCUGAGCAGGGGCCUUCUCUGCUGAUGGCCUUAAAGCUAUUUGACCAUGUUGCACGACCAGUCGGUUGCAGGGAGUUUUUUCUAGUCAAGCUGUUAAAUGCUGGAAUAGGAUCCUGCAUGUGCUUACGUGUCAGCAAAUGACCGUAGCAUAUGGCCAGUAUUCACAUCUGACUUUCUGGCAAGGUAGUGUCAUGGACAAAUGGACCCUCCAGCUUAGGCUCCAACUAUGAUGGGGACAGAGAAUUCCCUACUAAACAUCUAUGUGUUGAAAGGAGUGAUUUCGUUGUGGGUGGGGGAGGGAGGAGAAUGCCUUUGACUACCAGAGGAGAAUUUGGUCUAUUGGAAUCUAAUGAAAUACAAGCAUCUCAGUCUAUCACAGGGAUGGGUGGAGGUUUUCCUAUCCAUAGUGGAAAAGCUGUUGAACUUGCCUUUUUGAAAGGCUGUUGUCAGAACUCCCUCCUUGAAGGAACAAGCAAUUUGGUGCUGGAUGGCUGCCUCUGUGCUGGCACUCAAAGUGAUCUUCUCUGACUUUUGUUUUUGCAUAGCUAGCCCCCGAGCUGCUAUUUUGGGAAUUAGAACUACAUGACCUUGAACCUGUUGAUUCUCAUGCCAGAGCUGUGGAAGUAGCAAUGCUUGGCUGAAAUGUUAUUCUUUUGAGCUCUUUUCUUCAGUUGAGCAGUAUGGUUGUGAAAGAUGCAUCUGAAGAUACCGACACCAGGGGAGCCACUUCAGUUUGUGGCUUACUUGUUCCUUUGUCUGUAGGACAGUGUCCUGCUCACACAUGGCCUCUGAAAGAUUCUAGACAUGCAGCAUCUGUAACUAAACAGGGUCUCUUAAACGUCCUGUAUCUAUGAGAUCUGAAGAUGAAGGCAAGCUGUCCUGUCUUCAAAGCCAGGUCUGACAACACAUGCAAAGAAGGCUGGAUGGCAAGCAGCACUUUUUUUGUGCUAAGCUAAGUCUGUAUUUCUGCAAAUUAGUUUGACCUGUAUGUAUGUGGAUGUAAAUUUGUAAACUGUCCUGCUGAAACUUCUGUUGAAUGUAGAUGCUCUCCUACUUCUAUCCCUUCUUGGUUUAUGUGUUGAUGCACUUUAGAAAACUGUCCUAGUACUUUGGGUAUCUUUAGAUAAGUGUGUGUGUUUUGUUUUGACUCCAGUUCAGUGCAAGAGAAAGAGUGUAUUGAUGGAGAAUUGUGUCCAUUGCUGGUAAUAAAUUCAGUUUACUGUUUUUCUUA